GAUGAACCAUCCUUAGCAGAAGCAGCAGAAAGAUUGAAGAAAUGGGCUGUUAUAUGAUGUUUUCUGAUUUGGAUAGCAAUAAUGGAGCCUUGGCUAAUUAAACCAACUAACAUGUAUCUUGGCCAUAAUCUUUCUUAGUAUUUAUCAAGGGAUUCUGGAUCGAAUUCAACAUGAGCUCUGUAUGGAAAAGACUUCAAAGAGUGAAUAAGAGAGCUGCAAAAUUUCUUUUUAUAUCUUCAUAUCAAGAACUUUUUAUUGAAUGCUCAUCUAAAUGGCAACCAAACAAACUAUGCGUCGUUUGGACUAGGCGGAACCGAAGAGUGUGUUCUGAGCCCAUUGCAUGGACUCCUAUUAUUUCAAAAGAAGUAAGAGCUUCCAUUAUUUGGCCUGUUCCUGAAAAUAAAGAAAUUACCGUUACUUUAUUUAGAGAUCAAAAGAAUAAUGAGUUUGAAGAUAAGUGCUGGAAAUUCUAUAUUGAAGAUAUAUCGGAUUCUGGGAAGUGUCGUCAGAUAGCUUGUUUUGAGAUCAACAUGAAGGAAUAUGCAAGCAUUACACCUCAACAUCAUGAAUUAAAGCUUCAGUUAAAACCUUUAUCUAAAAAAGUUGUUGAUAUUCAAUUAAAACUCACGCUAUCAUGUAAGCUGCUUAGAGAAGGAAAAGCAACGGAUGAAGAUAUGCAAAGCUUAGCAAGUUUGAUGAGUGUAAGUAGUAUUACGCCAGAUGUAGGAAAUCUUGAUGAUUUUGAAGAUGAAAGUGAGAUUUUUACUAGUGAGGCAGGUACCAAAGCACAAAUAUCAGAACUUGCUUCACAACUAGGCCUCUUAGCAAAGUGUAUUUCUUUGGAUUAUGAGUCAAAGGAAACUUUAGAUUCUGAUGAAUCCCCUUUGGAUACAAAUAGUUUAAUUAGUGAAGAUGUUUCCCUAGUUGUGUCUGAUCCCAUUCUUCAAGCACUUCCAUGCUCAGAAAAUGCACCUGUUGCUGAUAAGCAUGAAAGAAACGAAAGCAAGACCUUAGAUAUGUAUGCAACUUUUGGAUCUUUUUCAUCAUCUGACAAUGUGAAAAGUGAUUAUUCAGUUGGAGUUUCUGAUCUUUUGACUUGGGCAAAGCAAGUAACAAAUGGCUAUAAAGGUGUUAACAUCACCAAUAUGACUACUUCUUGGCGAAAUGGUCUAGCAUUUUGUGCAAUAAUUCAUCACUUUCAACCAGAUCUGAUUGAUUUUGACUCAUUAUCCCCUCAUAACAUUAAGGAAAAUUGUAAAAAGGCUUUUGAUGCUGCAGAAAGUAUUGGAAUUCCUAAGGUUAUUGAACAUUCUGAUAUGGUUAUUUUAGCUGUUCCUGACAAAUUAGCCGUCAUGACGUAUUUGUAUCAACUUAAAGCAUAUUUUUCUGAAAACAAAGUGGAAAAUAUUGAAAUGCUCCCUGAAAAAAGUUCGGAUUUUAAAUCAGAUGAAGAGUGCCUUAAUCAUGCUAUUCCAAGUUUAGGAAACAAAUUUGUGUCGAACUGUGCUCAAAGUAAGAAAGGUAGGACUGAAAGGUUUGCAUCAUUUUCAAAGCUGUUAUCAAACAAAUUAAAGCAGCAAAUUAGCAAAGAAUCGCCAAAAACUUCUCAACCAUCAAAUGUUGUUUCAAAUAAUAAGUUUGUGAAACACUCUGAUAGUUUUAAAUAUGUUGAAAAUAAUAGCUCAGAAAACAGACAAAGUGCGUGCAAACAACCUCAAAAAUUAAUGACGCGAAAACAAUUAAUGAACCCUUUUGACUCGGAUAGUGAAGAAGAAGAGCUGCUUGCAAGUCAAAAUAAACCUUUUAAUACAUCAACAGCUGUAAAGGAAGUGCUAAACCAGUAUGAGGAUAAGAGCAAUAACUUCUCAUGUUUAGAAUUUAUAAAACAUGAUCAUAGUCAUGAUAUUGCUCCUAUUAUUGCUGAUGAAGUUAUUGAUCCAGAGAAUACUGUUAGUUUGCUUUCAAUUGAUUUAUCAGAUAUUGAAGUUCCUGGACUUUUGGAUCUUUCUCCAACUAAAGUUACAAAAAGUAAUUCUGUUUCUUCAAAAAUAUUGAAUGAUGAGGACAAGAUACAGCUAAAAGUGUCCCGUCAAGAGUUGUUGAAGGAAAGAGCACAUCAUCUGUUGGAAAUGACCCGUAGAGAAUUGUUGAACCAGCAAAAUAAAGAAAAUAAUAAAUGCACUCCAAGUAGCAAAACAGAUUUUGAAAGGCAGAUGAUGUUAAGAGAAAAGGCAAAAAAACUAAUUGAAGAAACAAGAAAAGGAAUGAAACCUAAUCUUGAUGGAUUCUAUCUUGAUCAGCAAGAUUUAUUUGUACAAUCUCUUAUUAGUGCCAAAAAACAAGAAAAUGAAAACUUACACAAAAAGUUGGACUUGGGCCAUUACGUAAAUAUGGAAAUACAAGCAAUAGAAAAGAAACAGCGAAUGAUUGAUAAGAUGGCUUCCAAACUUGAAAGGAAACUUCGUUUUGCCAUGAAAGAAAAUAAUGAAGUGCUAGAAGAUGAGCUUAUGAAAAAAUGGUUUACUCUCAUAAAUGAAAAAAAUGGAUUAUUGAGAAGGCAGAUGCAACUGAAUAUAUUAGAAAAAGAGUGUGAUCUUGAAAAGCGAUACGAAUUUCUCAACGAAGAACUCAGGCAAUUGUUGGAAAUCGAAGAUUGGCAGAAAACGGAAGCAGAUAAGGCUCGAGAAAAGCUUUUACUGGAAGAACUCGUGCACAUUGUGAAUAAGCGAGAUGAGCUCGUGCAGCAUCUGCAUACGCAGGAGCAGGCGUAA